AUGGAUAUCCUAACCGAUUGUGGGCAGCUUGGAUGUCGAUCAAGUGGUUUUCCAAUGGAGAAAAAUUUAAAGCUUGAUAAAUGUCUUGAGAGUCACAAGGCUGACGCCCCUCUUUAUAGGCGUCUUAUCGGGAGACUGUUAUACCUUCAAGCCACACGUCCCGACAUUGCCUAUGCGGUAAAUGUGCUAAGCCAAUUUGUCUCCGAUCCCAGAGAUGAACACAUGAAUGCAGCUCUCCGCGUGCUUCGUUGCAUAAAGUCUACCCUUGGUCAAGGUAUAUUUAUACCGAAGGAUAGUGGUCUCACGCUUGUUGCUUAUUGUGAUGCGAUUGGUUGGGUUGUCCUUUCACUAGACGCUCGCGUACGGGUUAUUUGCUGCUUUUGGGAGGUGCUCCGGUAUCUUGGAAAACAAAGAAACAGUCAGUGGUUUCUCGUUCCUCGGCGGAAGCAGAAUACCGUGCUAUGGCUACUACGGUUAGUGAAGUUCUUUGGAUCCGUUCACUGCUCAAGUAUCUUACGGUUGACUUACAGGAUGCUACGCCCCUCCACUGUGAUAAUCUAG